AUGCUUCAUCUUAUCAUUUGCCUUUUAAUCGUUCUUCUAUUUUCUAAAAUUUUUGAAAAAGCUCUUGUCGCGAAUAGUUAUGAUAUAGUGUUGGAGAUAGAAGAUGAUGAUGAUCACGAAACCGGAAAAGAUUCUGUUGUUGAUGACAUAUUGGAUGAGCUAAUUUCUUUUGUUCGAGAGAACAACGAGAAAUUAGAAUGUUUAGCAUGUAAUGAUGCAAUAAAGGUGGAAAAAGAUGAAGAAGUUGCUUCCCUGGUUCAAGAGUUGACCGAACUUGUUCAAGAACAACAAGAAAAAAUUGAUAAACAAUUU